CAAACUCGGAUCGCACUGCACUCUUUUCACUCUGGCUGACAGCAAGGACACAUAUACUCUCUCAUCUCGUCUUGUCAAUGUCCGACACUACGGACAGCUUCUUUGACGACUACCCCGACGUUGACCAACGUUCAUGUCGGCUUCUUGGUCCUACGGCACUCAUUACUCAGGGACUCCUGGGUGUCCUAGUCAUUUCAUCAUUAGUUUACAAGCGGCAUAGAGAAACGCCAAAACGUCCGUGGCGAAUAUGGCUGUUUGAUGUGUCCAAGCAAGUCAUCGGCCAAUUGGUCGUACAUGGAGUGAACGUGCUCAUAUCUGGCGUUGUCGCCCACCUUUCAUCAGGCAAUGCCUGUGUAUUUUACUUCAUCAACAUUCUCGUUGAUACCACCAUCGGUAUCGGUGUCAUAUACUUCAUCUUGCACCUAUUGACAUGGACCCUCAGCGAGAAAUGCCAUCUGAAGGGCUUCGAGUCGGGACAGUACGGCUCGCCGCCUUCAAUUACGUACUGGGCGCGUCAAGCGGCGGUAUACGUUUUAUCCUUACUCUCGAUGAAGCUUCUUGUUGUUGCGCUUUUCGCUGCUUGGCCGGGUAUCUUCAAGCUCGGUGAAUGGCUAUUGAGCUUCCUAGGCUCCAGUGACGCCUUGCAAGUCAUUUUUACGAUGGGCCUCUUUCCGAUAUUCAUGAAUGUACUUCAAUUCUGGCUCAUCGAUUCGAUCGUCAAGUCUUCACAAGCAGCUGCCGUCGUCCUCCCCUCUCUCACUCCUCGAAGCUCGAUGGAUACAGAUGAAGAACCACUAUUUAAUGCCCCAUCCGACGACGAGAGCGAUGAUGGUAAUGCUGUGUGCCCUCCACACGAUAUCGAGAAUCCGCGCCCGCGGUCGUCAUCUUGCGACCACAUGCAGGACGAAUCCAAGUCCUUCCGUUCAGGCAGUGCGACUAUCGUCGGUUCUGGCUCAACCACGCCCGCAGCCAAGCCGGUGGAUAUCGCUCUCUCAGCAGGUCGGGGGACACCUGUCGCACACGCGUACCCGCCCAGCCUUUCAGCAAGCUCCAGCACAUCCCCUGCGUCGUCAAUAUCCGCCCGUACCAAGAGCCUGUCUCCGCGCCCUAAGCGCCGGCGCCGGUCACCUCCGCCCGCGCUCGCGUUGCAUACGAUCUUGUCACCCGCCCAUGCUGUUCCUGUGAACGGCACACCGUCUGCGCUGACACCCGUGCCUCAGGAGCCCGAAUUGGCCGAUUCUCGUGCACUGGAUGAGAAGGGUUGGGCUGGAUGGGGUGACCAGGGCGUCGACGAUUGGGCGGAACACGUGGGGGAGGAGGAAUGGACAGGAAAGCGGAUGGAGGCUCGUAAAGGAGCUGUAGAUAACGUAUGGACUCGGCAUGACAGUGCGGUCGACUCAAACUCGUGACGUUUAGUGUAGAGGUCCAUCCUGUUUGUGAUGAGUGUACAUUACGCUUUUGUUGUUCAGUUUACUGGGACCUGGAAUAAUUGUACUUCUCGCUAUCGCUCACGACGCUACAACAUAAGCGAUAGAUAUAUUUAUUCCGGACGCUGUUUG